AUUAUACUCUAUAUAAACAAUCAAGAUCCUUUAGAAAAAUUUAGGUAAUCAGUGUAAGUGGAUCUACAAAAAUCAAAGGAAUUACAUUUUUAAAUUAGAUUAUAAUUUCAAAGAAUGCUAUAAAAAGUGCUAAGUGAUGAAGUAAUAUAGAUUUUACAACUGCAACCAGAGUUGCGCACUCCUGAUCAUUUAUAAAUAUUAAAAUCUUUUUGUCAUAGCUUAUCCUAUUUUGAAAAUUUUUAUUAAGAAAGCUAAGAAGAAUAAGAAGCUUGCCUAAUGGCUCUGAAAUAUAUGAAAGUCUAGCAAAAUAAAAAAAAUGAACAUUUGUUUGAUAUUUAUGCUAAGCCUCAAAAGUAUUUUAUAUUGGUUGAAGGAAGGAUAAAUGUUUAUCAAAAACUGUAAUUGCCAGUUAAUUUAGAAGAACAAUAGAGCGAUGAAAAUAAUAAACUUUCUAACUUGAAAGAAGAUCUUCUUUAUAAUGGUUUAAAACUCAGUUUACUACAGACAAAAGCAAGAGGUGACAGUUUAGGUAUGAUUGAUCUCAUUUAUAAGCGAAACUACCAAUCAACGGCUAUAUGCUAGACUGAGUGUGUGUUAUUUACGUUGUCUCAAAGCGAUUUUUAAAAGUAUCUAAAGAAUUAUGAGCACAAAAAUAUGAUGAAAACGAUUUAAUUUCUCUCUUCGAUACCUCACUUUUCUAACUAAUCUUUUGGUUACUUAAGAGAUAUAGCUGUUAAUUCUAAUCUUUUAAUAAAUUUGAGAGGUGACACAAUAUAUAAUGAAGGACAAAGUUCUGAUAGCGUCUACUUUAUAAAAUAAGGAGAAUAUGCUAUUCUAAAAAAGUAUGAUAGAAAUUAAGCCAUUACUUCUCCUAUUGAAAGGAUCAUUUAAGACAACAUUUAGCAAUAGGGAGGACCUCUUUUUUUGGGAUCACCAAAAGGAAAAAAGGAUCUAAAACUGAAAAUUAUGACUCAAUUUGAAACUUUUGGAGAAGAAGAUAUCAUUAAAGGAAUAGAAACAAGGAAUCAUACUGUCAUAUGUGAAAGCAGGAAAGGUGAAUGCUUAUAAAUUAGUGCCAAUUUGUUUAUAUAAAAGGUUAUUGAUUUAUAAAGCACUAGAACAACUUUUGCUCAAUUAUAAAACCAAAAAGAAAUAUCUAAUGUGCAGCAAGAUUAAGGAAAUAAAGUAUCUAUAAAAAAUUAUAAAAGCUUUUAUUUCGAAGAAAAGAAAUUUCAAGAUCUUUCUCCUUCUAGGAUGCAACAAGAUAAUCUGAAAUAGCAAUCAAUAGACUUUCCUAUGCUACAGUAACCCCACAGAAAAUCACCAGUAAAUGAAAGCUUUGAAAAGAGUCCAAUUGCAAAAGAAAAAAAAGAAAUGAGCUUUUCUUUAAUAAUGAAUGACGAUUAAAAAAAAAAUUUUGAAAAAUUCCCUAAAAUUAGCGUUGCCCCUUCCAAUACAAGCAUGACCUAAUUUUACAACAAAGCUAAUAUAUAGCCUUAAUCUAGUUAAAUGGGUUCAAUUAAUGAUAUUCAUGAAGAAUCAAACAAAAAAUAAGAUUAUUUUCUUAGCCCUUAAAUAAGUGUUUAAGAAAUUAAUUAUAAAAUCAAACAAAAUGAAGAUGUAUAGAGCUAAUAUGAUGAAAAUGAAUUGUAAUUUAUGGAAACAAAUGGCAUAAAAAAACAUUUGCUAAAAAAAAUGUAAUUAAAGCUUCAUUUCAGAAGAUAUUCUAACUAAAACAGAUCUUCUUCUUUUUCAACAGAAAAUCAAAUUGAUGAAAUAAAUCACAGUAAAAAGAAGUCUGUACCUAAUAACCAUACCAAAAAGGUUCGCUUAGAAAACGAUGCCUCAUUUGGUGUUGACAAUAUAUAAGAUUUGUAAAAAAUUAUAACAUCAAGCCAUGUUAAAAAUGAAAUAUAAACCUGCCAACCUAAAGAUUUAAAUAAUUUUGGGAGACUAAACUUAUAAAAAAAUUAUGAAAGGUAAUUAAAAGAUAAGCCUAAAGAGAUUAAACAAGUUUAUACAUUUGAGCUUGACGAAAAAUAAAGAUAAAAGGUAAUAGUUAGAAAACAAAAGUAUAAAAACUACAUCCAUGAUUGGAAGAAGAGCCCAUCUCCUAUUUAAAGUUCAAGAACUGAUUACUAAGAGAUUUCUUAAAAAAAAGAAUUUAUUUCAAGCAAAUAAGUUAAGGCAAUUAAAGAAGCUGCUUUUUUGUAGGACAUCGAAGAUAAUAAGUUGAAAAUUGAUGAGUUAAAUUAAAAUGGUUUAUUGUCCUCUUUUUAUCACGUCUAAAGCGCUUAAAAUACUUAUAGACAAAACCAUUAAAACACGAAGAUGAAUAACAUUGAAAGUCCUCACCUGUAAAGUCAAUCAGUUAAUUCAAGCAUUAACCAUAAAGAUGUAUCAGAGAGUGCAUUGAACCAAUCUUGUUUAGAAACAGAGUAAAACAUGAUACUUUAAUAACUUUCAUAUCCUAGAACUAAAUCUCCUCUAGCCAUGCUUUUAAUAAAUUAGUAAAAUAAAGAGAAUAAAAACAAUCAAAAACAAACUCCAUUGAUAUAAGAUUAUGUAUGCACUUAAAUAAUUAAUCCUACCAAGGAAAACAAGGAAAAGCAACAAAAUUUAAAUUUGAAAAACUUGAAUAAGAUAAUAAACAAAAAAACAAAAGAAUAAGAAGAACUAUUUAAAGAAUAGAACAGCUAUAGAGGCAGUGCAGCAAAAAAUAAAGUAUAAAAUUUAUGGAAAUAAAAGUUACAAAUUAAUACAGAGAGAAGAAGAAAUGCUCAAUCUUAAAGAGAAUAUAGUCUAUCUCCUUCAAAAAUUAAUUAAAACAAAAAUGAAAAUUUAAAUUUUAUGAUACAAUCACAGUCUUCUAUUUAAUACAUUACUGAUGAUUAAAAAGAAAUAAAAUCUAAAUAAAAUACACUUAUUAAUCAAAUUUCAGUAACUCCAACGCCCACACAACUGAAGUAAACAGCUGAAUAAACAAUACACUAAUAUGAUAAAAGAGUUGCAUAAUAAAAUUAAUCUAAUUAAAGCGAAUACAGACUCACAAGUAUUUUAACUACUCAAUCAAGAGGAAAAAGGAAAAAAAUAGCAAAUAGUUUAGAUAUAAGAAAUAAGUAGACAUAUGUGUCUAAUAUCUAAUCUACUAUCAGUCCUUCAAUUUCUAAUGAUAAUUCUAAAAUUAAUAUAAUUUCAUAUACUUCUGUCUUUAAGAAAUAAAAUGCAACAUUAAAUGACAACUUCAAAGACAAUCCUUUAAAAAAUAGCAUCGAAGGAAUCGAUGGUUAGUAAAUUUAUCAUUUAAAACCUCUUUAUAAGUAGUGA